AUUGUCUGUGUUUGUUAUGAGUUUUUCUGUUUUAAUGUGUGUGUUUAAUGGGUGUGUUGUUAUAGGCCAAUGUGUUCCUUGAGGAAAUACAAUGACUCGGUUGAUUUUAAGCCUGGAGUCGCGCAGGCGGUUGGGAUAAGGUUCAGCAGUGACGACAUACCUGGUUGACAUAAAGACACGGUCACCUGGUGGCUGUUAUGUUCUUACGCACAUGCAGCGUGCAGCGUUGUGGAAGAACCAGAAGUAUUCAAACGAAGAGGAUUUGUUAACGCUUGUUAUUAUAUGUGCCGUCAGUAAUGUCAACGGGGGAGUCCCUUUUUCCUCUGCGAUGAUGCCUUUGAGUUUCCGUUCCUUAUAAGUCCAAUUUCAAGGAGCACAACCCGCUGACGGAAAUGCCACGUUACGCAAAGAAGAAUAUUUUGGCAUUGCUGCUUUUCCUUGGAGGAUUGUACUUCUUUAUCCAUUCAAACUUCCUCAUUUCAGGCCCGACAAGGUCAGACAAACUGAUUGCAAAUGAGUUAACUUGGCAAACAGAGAGGUUGGUUGGUAAGGAGUCCUGGGUCGAACAGGGAGAUUACCUGCCUCUCAAUGUGUCCUAUCAGCUGCUUGCUGGAGCACCAUCUACCCAACAGAGGUAUUUAUCAGUAGGAUUAGCGUCGGUGAAGAGGAAGAAGGGAAGCUAUCUAAUCGCCACCUUGCAGUCCCUCUUCUCCCAGUCAUCUCCUGAGGAGCGCUCCUCCAUGGUGGUGGUAGUGCUGCUGGCAGAUUUUGAUGACAGCUGGAGAGUCACUACAGCAAGUGAGAUCAAAACUACAUUUGCCUCGGAGCUGGAACAAGGCCAGCUGGUGGUGCUUCACGUUCCUCAGGAUGUGUACCCUCCUUUGAAAGAUCUUAAGAGGAACUACAACGAUUCUCCAGAUAGGGUAUCGUUCCGCUCCAAGCAGAACCUGGAUUACUCCUUCCUGGUCCACUACAGUGCUAGUCUUGGUCGAUACUACCUCCAGAUCGAGGACGACGUUUUCUCUGCCAAAAACUUUCUUUCCACCAUCAGGAGGCGCGUUGAGGAGCAAGAGGCAAAGAAGACCACCUGGGCAAUGCUGGAAUUCUCAGCCCUCGGCUACAUUGGGAAACUCUACAAAUCAGCCCAUCUCCCUCUCCUGGCGCGCUUUCUAUUCCUUUUCUACCAAGAAAUGCCUUGUGACUGGUUGAUGUCUCGCUUCCGAGAUCUGAUGACUCAGAAAGAGCCAAUCCAUUUCAAACCCUCGCUGUUCCAACACAUGGGGACUUUCUCCUCGUUCCAAGGGACACACAACAAGCUAAAGGACAAGGACUUUGAGGAACAAUAUACCAAUCCUUCUGCUGAGGUUUAUUCUGACAUGUCCACCUACAAGAAACAAUUCCCCAAACUGGCCUGGGAUGCUGGAGAAGGAUUUUUCUGGGGACGCUCCCCAGAAGAGGGUAAUUACCUGACUGUGGUGUUCACAGACCCUACAGUAGUGACAGGGAUAUUUGUAGAAACAGGGUCAGGGGGCAAAGACCUUCUAGAGUCAGCUCAGGUGGAGAUCGGCCACGAAGUGAUUAACACAGAGAAAGAGGAGAAGAGUUGUAAAGAGUUUCAGACAGUUGGGACAUUAAAACAUGGGAGAUUUGAAAUUCAGGAGAUGGACAAAAAGUACAGCUCUGCCUCUUCCUGUCUGAGGAUACAGGUCACAGCUGGGCAGAAGGAGUGGCUGAUCCUCAAGAAAAUCAGGAUCUCCACAAAGCUGAGUACACCUCCACACCAAGCCUAGAGGGUAAAUUGUUCUUCCUGCCAGAUGAGUAUUUGACCAGCCGGAAUGCGGGCUGAACGUGUGGCUUUUGUGCCUUGUUAAACCAUUUCAAGGACGAAACAACAAUAUAGUGGUUAAUGAAACUGUGAAGCUACUGUCAAUUUUAAAAAUGUUUUGAUUAAGCUUUACUGUAACUUGUUGUAUAUCUGUUGUUGUGUCUUAUCUGCCUUUUCCAGUGCAAAUAACACUGUGGGAGCUAUAAAAGUGCGGCUUUAGAGCAACAGACUCAUAUAAACCAUUAAGAUAAUGAACCGUAAGUGCUCCAGGUGACUUCGCCAACCUUGUGUGUGUGAAUGUUUAUGACUACUGAUAAGCAUGUGCACCUUGUAUGGUAGCGCUGACUCUGUAUGAAUGUGUGUGAAUGUGACAUGUUGUAAAGCGCUUUGAGUGGUGGCAAAGAUUGGGAAAGCGCUCUAUAAACCCAUUUACCAUUUAAGAGGUGGCUGGCGGAAAGGUCUGGAAUAUCUCCAGGAGGUUUACCUGCACAGAUUGGUGGAGCAUUUCCAGACCAGCUCCAAUCGGGAGCAAACCUUGUCCCUCUGCUCUGACGUCACCAGUACAGUCCACCAAAACCUGUCUGUCUUCUCCAAUCACAGAGAUUUGAAAAGAUGUCCGGACUCACAGCCGACACUGUGCUUCUUACACAUAUUGUUGGUGUGUACUUGAACCUUGAGUUUUGGUUCUGUUGUGUAUCCGGCUGUUAACCAAGAGGCACUAGUUUUGUGGUUUUGGGACUGGGCAGGGAUUUGUUUUGUGUGCAUUUUUUUGUGUGUUCUUAGACCGACAGUUAUUGCUCUUUUAGUUAAUGAGUGGAUAUUUGUUUUGCUUGUACUUUGAGAUUUUUUUCCAGCUGUGAAUUUAAGUUUUAUUGAUUUGUUUGUUUACAGGGCUGUUCUGUGUUGCCAAAGAUUGUUCUGUGAUUUAUUUCUUAAAGUAAGAAAAGGUUAGACUGUAAGACGCAAUGUUGCCUUGUUGCAAUGUUAAGGACGUUGUUCAUGCCUCCACUUUGAUUGUAAAAUGAGAGCAUAUAUAUGCUCUUUAAAAGUCCAGUCCAUGAAGGCCAACUACACAUUCAGGUAAUUUAUGUUAAUGGUAUAGUAUGUUCUGAUGACCUGUCAUGAUUUGUGAGUAAAAAUCAGCCAUGCAAAAAAUUAUUCAAAACUGGGACAGUUUAUUUUUGUAUGCAUUUUUUUUCAUCCACUAAGAAUUAAAUGAAGAAGUAUACUGGU